CUACGUACGCUUCUGUUGCGAGGCCCGUGCACGCGCCAUUCGUCCACUCGCUCUCAUCAUGGCGGCCGUAGAUAUGGAGGGUGCGCAAGGUGAAGUGUUGCAGAAUAUUUGCGGUUCAGCGGGCUGCAAUAGCUCUGCCAAGCUACAGUGUCCAACAUGCAUAAAGCUAGGAAUCAAGGGCUCGUAUUUCUGCUCACAGGACUGCUUCAAAGGAAACUGGGAUUCCCACAAGCAAGUGCACCGGGUCGUCAAAAAUGCAAAGGCUGCUGCCAGUGCCACGUACAAUCCGUGGCCUUCCUUUUCGUUCACCGGGAAAUUGAGGCCGUAUCCUCUUUCCCCAAAGCGCGAGGUUCCAGAGCACAUCAUGCGCCCUGACUACGCAGAUCAUCCAGAUGGCAUCCCGUUGAGUGAACAAGCUGCUAAGCAUUCAUCAGUUAUUAAAGUCUUGGAUGAAGAGGAGAUUGAAGGUGUUCGUCUGGCUUCUAAGCUGGCCAGAGAAGUGCUGGAUGUAGCACUUGGUGCUGCCGCAGUUGGCGUCACUACCGAUGAGCUGGACAGGCUUGUACAUGAGGCAAGCAUCGACCGUGACUGCUACCCAUCUCCGCUCAACUAUUACAAGUUUCCCAAGUCAUGUUGCACGUCUGUGAAUGAAGUAAUCUGCCAUGGGAUCCCUGACAUGCGGCCACUUCAAGAUGGCGAUCUUUUGAACGUGGACAUAACAGUGUACCACCGAGGCUUCCAUGGUGAUUUGAAUGAAACUGUGUUCAUCGGGAAUGUGGAUGAAAGUGGCCGCAAGCUCGUUCAGGUGACUUACGAGUGUCUCAGCAAGGCUAUCGAAGCAGUUCAACCAGGCAUGCGGUACCGGGAGAUUGGAAACAUCAUCCAGAAGCAUGCCCAGUCGCAUGGCUUUUCAGUUGUGCGCAGUUACUGUGGCCAUGGCAUUCACAGAUUAUUCCACACAGCCCCUAGUGUCCCGCACUAUGCUAAAAACAAAGCCAUUGGUGUGAUGAAAGCUGGCCACUGUUUCACUAUUGAACCCAUGAUAUCGGAAGGGACGUGGCACGACGAGGUGUGGCCUGACAACUGGACAGCAGUAACAGCGGACGGCAAGCGCUCGGCUCAGUUUGAGCAGACACUGCUUGUGACAGAUACUGGCUGUGAGAUACUGACACGCCGGCGCACUCAUGACGGGAAGCCGUGGUUCAUGGACAAAUGACCCCUUUCACCAGAAGGGCAGUGUGUGCGGUCCUGAAUGCCACUCUGUAAAGAAAAAAUGGAGAAUGGAUUUUGCCUGUGAUUGUAAAUUCAAAACAUGUGAUCCACCAUGAUCUUGGAAGACAAACUAUUUUUGCUUAGGACUAAACAACUGGCCUUGCAAGGUUUUACGGAAGGGAAAAAAAGAAGAGUGUGAGAAGGCUGAUCUGGUAUUUGAAGAGAGGACCGUAAGGUCUAGCAUCAGGAUUGUUGUCAAGAAAAUUACUAAUCCAUUGUUCUUGAAGCCUGCUUUCAUAAAAUAAAAACAGUUACUUU